AUGAACGGCGAUGGUGACCAGUUGACUACGACGGGCUCCGCUGGCUACGACUCAUAUGACGACGCUCGGAAGAUUGUCAGGUUGUUUCAGUGUUCGCAAUGUUCAUAUCCUCUUAGGGAACCCAUGACACUGCCCUGUGGCAACUCCUUGUGCAAGCCAUGCCUCCCACCUCUGUACAAAAGAGAAAAUAUCACCUAUCCACAAGCCGAGGGCCGAGCGGAAGGGUUUCUAUGCCCCUUCAAAGACUGUGGGUUAGAACAUUCCAUGGGUGACUGCGGUAUAGACGUCACGCUGAACAAGAUUUUACAUGUUGUCAAAGGCCACAUGGGGCAAUACAAGACAACAUCCCCUGACAUACCGCUGUUGCUAAAAGAGGAACUGGACAUGGCUCGCGUCGCUGAGUCCGCCAUGGAUCUCAUGCCCAGAUCACGCGUCCUGCUCGGAGGCCGCCUUGUGGCCUCAUACAUUCUUGCAGAUAUGGGUGAACUCAACUACCAUUCGGAUCUUUCAUAUACGGCUGUCGAUAGCGACUCUACCGAAACCCUCCAUGCACUUGACCUUGCGGUGCUUGAAACUUUGCGGGAAGUUGUUCGAUCUGAACUAGAAUGCCAAGUAUGUUAUCAGGUCAUGCUAGACCCGUUGACAACAUCUUGUGGCCAUACCUUUUGUCGAAAAUGUUUCGCUCGGGCCAUGGAUCAUGCCAACGUGUGUCCGAUGUGUCGUCGAAGGCUGCCCGUCUUAGCCAGCGCAUCGGCCGAACCUAGUAACAAGAGAAUCACCCAUCUGCUUCACCAUAUACUUCCAGAAAUUCUUGCAGCACGAGUUGACACUUCCCGACAAGAGGAUGCUAUUAACGAGCAAACAAAAUUACCGCUAUUUCCCUGUACCUUGGCAUAUCCGCAGAUGCCAACCUUCUUACAUAUUUUUGAACCGCGUUACCGCUUGAUGAUCAGACGAGCAAUGGAAUCAGGUUCACGCAAGUUUGGAAUGCUUAUGUAUCGACCAGGUGGCCCCUUGCCGGGACAGCCCCAUUUCAUGCCGUAUGGCACGGUUCUUUUCAUCGACCGACUAGAAAUGCUAGCAGACGGGAGAAGCCUCAUAGAGACACGAGGGAUACAUCGAUUUCGAGUCAUCAACACUUCAAUUCUUGACGGUUAUCUUAUUGGUGAAGUACAACGUAUUGACGACAUUCCGGUGCACGAGGAAGAAAGUAUCGAAGCCCAAGAGACAAGCUCUGUGCCAUCAACGUCAAAUGACGAGGAAGCUCGAAUACAACAAAUGUCCACUCAACGGCUCCUGGAGUAUGCUUCAGACUUUGUGGAACAAGCCAGGUCGAGGUCAGCCCGUUGGCUCCAUCAACGCGUUCUCGCUGCGUACGGCCAACCACCUAGUGAUCCUGCAACUUUUCCAUAUUGGCUUGCUAGCGUAUUACCAAUCUCAGAGUCAGAAAAGUAUCUUCUUCUUCCAGCUACCAGCGUGAGAGAGCGAUUGAAGAUCACCGCACGGUGGAUCCAGCGGCUGGAAGCCGCCAGAUGGUAA